AUGGUCGCGGAUCCAAAGCGAGAAAAGGUCGGCGACCGGCCAUCGGCAGACCGGGCCGAGACUGAGGUUUCUCACAUGGACCAUCCUGGACGAUUCUCCGAGGCCACGGCCAUCGAUGAUGAAGAGCGAAGGCGCUUGGAAGCUUCCCGCAAGCUCGAAAACCCUCUGGCCGGUUUUACUCCCGAGCAAUUGGGCCAAAAAGGCGAAUACUACUGCCGUGAGCAUGGCAUCGACGGCGAAGAGGACAUCCGUGCUUUCCGCCUCGGCGCCAUGAUUGCCGGGAACAUGAACAAAUAUGACACCAUGACCGAACUUACUCCUCAAGAGCGCGCAGCCCUCGACGGUGAAACCACGCACAAAUGGAGGAACCCAAAGAUGCUCUACGGCGUCGUUGCGGUCUGUUCGUUCUGUGCCGUCGUGCAAGGAAUGGACGAGACCGUUGUCAACGGCGCCCAAUCGUUCUACAAGAGCCAGUUUGGAAUCGGAGGCAAGACGGAGAGAGAUACCUGGCUGCUCGGCCUGACCAACUCGGCCCCUUACCUCUGUUGCGCCGUCGUUGGCUGCUGGCUCACCGAGCCCAUGAACAAAGCCUUUGGUCGCCGCGGUACCGUCUUCAUUUCCUGCCUCAUUUCCGCUCUUGCCUGCUUCUGGCAAGCAUUUACAAACACUUGGUGGCACAUGUUCAUUGCUCGCUUCAUGCUUGGAUUCGGCAUCGGCCCCAAGUCGGCCACCACCCCCAUUUUUGCCGCCGAAUGCGCGCCGUCACGCCUACGCGGAGCCCUUGUGAUGCAGUGGCAGAUGUGGACUGCUUUCGGAAUCAUGCUGGGCUACGUCGCUGACCUGGCUUUCUACUACGUGCCCGACAGGGGCGGCAUCGUCGGCCUCAACUGGAGGUUGAUGAUGGGCAGCGCCAUGAUACCGGCGGUACUCGUCUGCGCAUGCUGCUACAUGUGCCCCGAGUCUCCUCGAUGGUAUCUGACGCAGGACCGCCACUCGGAUGCCUUCAAGGCCAUGUGUCAGCUGCGCUUCGAAAAGGUCCAAGCCGCCCGCGACCUCUUCUACGCCAAUGCCCUCCUUCAGGCCGAGAAGGAGUCUCAAGGCAUUGGUAAACAGAAUCGCCUAAAAGAAUUUUUCGCCGUUAGAAGGAAUAGAAACGCCAUGAUAGCGUCCGAAGUCGCCAUGUUUAUGCAACAAUUUUGUGGCGUCAAUGUCAUAGCCUACUACAGCUCCGAGAUCUUCCUGUCGGCAGACUUUUCAGAAGUCAGCGCCUUAUCGGCAUCCCUCGGAUUCGGCGUCAUCAACUGGCUCUUCGCGCUUCCGGCCUUCUACACGAUCGACACCUUUGGGCGGCGCAACCUGCUCCUGACGACAUUCCCGCUGAUGGCCGUUUGCCUCUUCUUCACCGGAUUCUCGUUCUACAUCCCCACGAACCCCGCCAAGAUCGCCUGCAUCGCCACGGGCAUCUACCUCUUUGGCAUGGUCUACUCGCCGGGCGAGGGCCCCGUGCCCUUCACGUACUCGGCCGAGGCGUAUCCUCUCUACAUCCGCCCCAUUGGAAUGUCCCUCGCCACCGCCACGACCUGGUUCUUCAAUUUCGUUCUCGCCGUCACCUGGCCCUCGCUGCAAGAGGCCUUCACCCCGACGGGCGCGUUUGGGUGGUAUGCCGGCUGGAACAUCGUCGGCUUCUUCCUCGUGCUGUUUCUCCUGCCCGAGACCAAGGAGAAGACGCUCGAGGAGCUGGACGCCGUCUUCAGCGUUCCGCUAAGGCGUUUCGCGCGGUACGGGCUCGCGCAGUUUGUCUUCUUCUGGAAGAGGUACGUCUUCCGCCGGGACGUGUUCCCGCCGACCGUGCCAGUUGCCGGGGAUAUUGCAUAUCAUCGGGAGCAAUUUAAGCAGGAGAAGGAGCAUAAUCCUACUGCCCGUGUGUGA